CUCAGACUGCAGGAGGAGGAACUCCCGUCCUUCGGUAGUGUCACUACUUAGAGGCAACUGUGAGGAGCUGUGAUUAAUCGUGGAAUGUGCUGAUGUGCCCACUAAAGGACAGCAAGAAUCACUUGACAAUUGGUUUGUGAGCAUAAUGGCAUCUAUAAACAGAACCACUGAAAUAAUGAAAAAACAUGGAGUAAGCAAACAACAUCUCCUGGAGGAGAUAAACAAAAAGCGUGAAUCCAACUGCUUGGUGGAGCGAAGCAAUCAAGUCAGCUUACUGAGAGUUCAAAAGAGGCACUUCCCGGGUGCCUAUCAGUCCUUUACUGAUACCACAACCAAAGAGCCUGUUCCCAACAGUGGCAGGAGCUCCUGGAUCAAGCUGAGUCUCCUAGCUCACAUGGAGAGAAAGCACUUUCCACCAAAAAAUAAUGCCAUAUUUGGAUAAAGCGCAUCUCCAGAGACACACGGAAAUACAUUCUCUUUGAUUCUUC